ACAUUCCACAACAACAACCUCAAGGUAAGUGUAAAUUAAGAAAAUCAUAAUAAAUCGCCGCUAACCCUGUUGCCUGAACUAAUCACAGGUUCACCUGUCAUGGCCCGCGAGUACUGGCUUGGCUUCGAAAUUUGAAUUAAUCGCUGGCGUCAUGCAACGCGACUAAUGAGCUUCCCAGUACUUACGAGUCCAAGGUCACGACAAAAGUGUCGCAGGGGUCGAGUGUCAAUUGGUCGCCGUCGAUGGACAUUGGACAUUCGCGAAAUGAUCGAGGCGUUAGUAUGUAUUCCAUGCUCCAAUUCUCCAACGAGGGUUAAACGGUGGGGCCAUCUUCAAUCCGGACCCCGAAGUGUUCGAAUUUAGAACAUGAGUUCAG